ACAAUGAUUUAUUUUAUUCUUUUUCUUACAUUUUUUAUUAAUAAAUCCUCCUCUAACAUUAAAGUUCAGAGAAAUAAAGGACCAGACACAUUCACAGGAUUGGAAUGCAAUCAAAGUAGAUAUAGUAUCGAAGAUAAACAUAAUGGAGGUUGCAAAUGUUUUGAUACCCAACAAAUCUUCAGUUCAUAUGGAAAACAUGAAACAGGGUGUUACAAAGGUGAUUCUAUUCGAAAAAAUCCCGAUAUUGAGCAUGAGUUUAUAACUGUAAACAAUGUAACAACACAGAUCAAAACCACUUUAUGUGAAUUAAACAAAAUUGAAAAACUUUUUAUUUGGGAUGUGAUUUAUAAUCUUGGUACAUGGAAUGAAUAUAAAGUAUUAGAAGAUGUUGUAAACACAAAUGCAAUAUAUAUUACUAUCAGCGAAAGAAAGAACUGGGAUGGACUACUUAUUCAUUUUUUGUAUUCUUGCAAGACAGAUAAUAAAAUGAGAAGUUGUGUAGUGAAAUUCACUGGAGAUAUAGUGUAUCCCUUUGAAAGAAAUUUCCCCCUGCAAAAGCUCGAAACAACUAAACCAACAGAAGCUGUAUCGACCACCACAACCAAGAAGAAAACAACAGAGUCUGCAACAACAAAGUCUGUAACAACAGUAAAAACAACAUCAAAAAUUAUUACGAAAAAAGCAACAUCACAAGGAGCAACAACAGUGGUAAAAGACAAAAGAAAUGAAGAUGACAAACAAAAUAUUGGAAUCAUUGUUGGGAUAAUAGUUGUUGUGAUACUAAUACUAGUUGCUUUGGUCUUCUGUUUUAUUUGGAGAAGAAAAAAAAGAAGCAGAAACAAUGGAAAAAAACAAGAUGUUAAGGAGCCACUAUAUGCGGAAUAUACUCCAAACAAGACAUCAGAACAAAAAGUAAGUUUAAAAUCUCCUUCAAAAGAUGAAGAGUCACAUUACGACACAACAUAUACACAGGCAUAUGAAAGUCAUAAUCCAGAAGCACAUUGGAAUACAUAUGAUUAUGCAGCAACUGAAGACCUAAAAGAAAAUAAUGAACAAAAGUAUAUACCUGAUGAUCCGUAUUACUACAGUACUGCAGCUGCAGUUCUAACAGAACCCACUGUUGAGUAUGCGCAAGUGGACAAAACAAAAACAAAUCAAAAACAUACAAAUGAGUACCAGGAAAAUAAUCUAAAUAACAAGAAAGAAAAAAACGAAGAGCCACAUUAUUACAGUACAACAAAACCUGCAGAAGAAGCAAGUAAAGAUAGUGUAAGCAGAAACCAACAAGACGAUCCUUAUUACUACAGUACAGCUGCAUCUGCCGAGCCAGUUGUAACAGAUGAGUAUGCACAAGUACAAAAGAACAAUAAUUAGUGGUACAAAGAACAAAAAAAGUUUUCAAAUCACAAUAAUAGUGCAGGAUAAAAUUUAUACUUCAUUGGAGUGUACAGUAUUUUUUCUUACCAAUUUUUUUAAUAAUUUGUACAAAUGUUGUAAAUAAAAAUAUGAAUUAUAAUUAAACCAGAUUGGAGCAAGAGCUUGUUCAUAUGCUAGCUCUUUGUUAUUUAGAAAAUAGUCAACUAUAAUUGUUUUAUAAU